GGCAUCGGGUCACAGAGCUCACUGGGAGGAGGGAGCAGGUUCUUAAAGAAGGCUCCCAAACCAGCUAAGAGUAGCCAAUCACCUGUCAGCAGGAUCCAAACACGUCAGAGACCAGAACCAAGCGGUGUCUCUCAGGCUGCAGCUCGGAGUCGACUGUCUGAAAUAGAGAAACGUGUCAACAGCCGCAGACAGGCCAUCGGAGACACUCGACAGGCAGCAAAAUCUGCCCCGGAUCUGACCUGGGAUUGGAGAGCGUUGGUAACAGCGGUCGACGCAGUCCGACCAGCAGAGGCCUCCGAGCAGCUCUUAGCACACUCCAGCAGUGAGCAGAGCCAGAAGAUCCGUUUCCUCAAAAACCAAGCAGCAGGGUCCGCUGCUGCUGUGGACCCCAUCAUUCCUGAUGGUAGUGGACGGAUCAGAACCAGAACCACUGAUCCUGUGGGUUUGAAGCUGAAACCUGCAGCAGUAACCAGAGGUGUGAGUCUGGAUAGUGAUGAAGAGGACAUGAAGAAACUGCUUGGAGACUCGAUGGAUUCAACAGACAACAGUUCCUCUGGACCGAAGAAAACCUCAUCUGUAAAAAGACUAAACAAGGAGCAGAACCGUCCCAGUCCGAGGGUCCAAAGCCCAGCUCCUCCUCAGGCGGGCCCCUCCUCAUCACCCCCCAGCACGCCCCCGCCUCCACAUCGCAGUUCUCCUUUCCGGUUCACCGACCAGGCUCAGGUCCACUUCAGCCCCUCUGUUCUCUCUGCACCACCCUCUCCCCCCAGCGUUUCCCCGUCACAUUCAGAAAGGGUGGGCUUGCCUCACGGGGCGGGGGCUCCACGGGAAGUCCUUUUGUCUCUGUCAGAACAGGGUGAAGUGUUUUCUCUGGAGGAACUGGUUCCAGUGAGACCUGAAGAUCAACACAGUCCCACGGGUUCAGUUUCCUCAGAAGACUUUAAAACCAACUUAAUGACAAUAGAUGAGCUCCUUCCUGUACCUGCUGGCUUCACUAUGGAAACACUUGGAAAUAAGCUGAGUCAGCGUCAGAGCAAACAUGUCCAUCUUGUUUCUGGAACCCAACAUGUCCACCAGCAGCAGGAGCAGGAGCAGGACUACCAAAGUGAUUUUGAAAGCGAUUCCAGCAUCAGACCGGUUUCAGAGCAGGUGCAAGAGGAGGCUGACGAAAACGAGGUGCCAUCAGAGGCCCCUGCUUCAGUUGGGUCUCAUCAAAGGACCGGCGACGAUUACUCUCCCACUUUCUCUGAGCGGAGUUGCUCCAGCACUUCACAGACCUCAGAUCACAGUCAGAGAUCAACAUCAGCAUCACCUGACAGUCAGAGUUCACAUCCUCCACGGAGGAGCCGGACUUUAACUAGAAAGGCUUUGAAAGAAGCAGCUACUCAGACUCAGCCUGCUGCACUGGCUGGAUCACAGUCAUUUGGUGUGGACCUGGCAUUGAGCAGGCUCUACAUGAACACCCCUGUGGUCACACAUACCAUCAGUGCAGAGAGACUGGAAGCCAUCAGCAGCUUCAGCCCGGUUGUGUUUGCUCUGAAUGAAAUGUUGAAACAGCAGCUGAACAUGACGAGACACUUCAUCAACCACAGAGACCACCUUCACUCCUGCCUGCUGCGAGGCCUGGACCCCCCCAACUACAGGUACACCAGGCUGGAAGACACCAUCCAGCCUACGAAGCCGAACUCGAAAGUCUCUAAGAAUGAUGAUGAUUUCUGUGACAGCUUGUUUGAGAAUGAAAAACUGCAAUCAAAAACAACUCAUAGAGGACCACUAAAUCGCUUGUCUACUACUGAUAAGGUUUACAGUGUCCUGGCAGAGGAGGCGAUGAAGGAUGGCUUGGGUCAUUAUUUGCAUCAGCACUGAGUCUGAUAGAAAUUCUUACGCUGCAGGUUUUAAUGGGUUAAACCAGGUCACAACCUGGUCCUGGUCCAAGCUUUGAAUCAUCACAGACCUCAUUCUGUUUUUGUUCUCAGAAAAGAAAAAGAAAAAAAAGAACAAAAACUGUGAAGAUGUUUUUAUAAACAAGAAUCAAAGGAUUCCCUUUGCACAGCAGCAGAAAGUAAAGAAUAAAUCCUUCAACACGA